GAACUCCGAGUCUUCAUCACAGUUAUCGACAUCCAUUAUCCAUUGGCUGUUGGAUACAUUUGAUCUUCCUAAGCCGGUCACCUAUCAACAUACGUACUGAGUAUAGUAACCGGUCUUUCAAACAAUAUGGGAUUCAUAUACGCCAUUGAGCAUAUGGAGGAAGAUGAGGCGACUCCCAAGUCCAUCCCUCCAUGGGUUGAGCUAGAGUAUGCGCACAUGCGCACCUUGGCGGGCCCUUCAGCACACAUCCAUUUCACGCACUUAUCGCAGACAUCUUGCGAUUCUCUUUCAAAAGCGUUUUCAUCGUCUCCAUCAACGGCCACAGGCUCUUCGGAGCAUCCACCAGCAGCAUCUUUUCAAACUCAUCCUGAUUCCAUCCUCACGCUUCUCGAAAAAAAUCAUGUUCCAUUGUCCAAAGUGUGUCUUCUUGAUCCAAAGGCUGAAAAGGUGCUAUCACCGGAGGAUGAAAAUGAAUUCGCCUGGUUUCUUUUCGGUGGUAUCCUAGGUGACGAUCCCCCCCGUGACCGGACAUCCGAGCUCCGUGUUCUUGGGUUUCCAACUCGGCACCUUGGUCCUGUCCAGAUGACGACGGAUACAGCAUUAGGUGUCACAAAAAUUGUAGUGCAAGAUAAAGUUCCCCUAGAUAAAAUACCUUAUAUUGACUAUCCCACCAUCAGAUUUAAUUCCAAAGAAAGCGUUGAGAUGCCUUUUAGGUAUAUUGCAAAAGCCUCAGAGCCACUAUUGCCUCCUGGGAUGCGCGAGUUACUGCACGAGGACCUGAAUAAAAGUUUCGAUUUUUGAUAUCGCCAACACCAAGGACCGGUAGACAUUUCAUCGGUGGUGGAAAUGGCAGACCGAGAAGGGCCUGUAUAACAGAACGGGAAUAAUGGUUUAUCCUCGUUUCAUACUGCGACGCUUUGUUGAAUAUGUCCAGUUUCUCCUAAUCCUUCAGUCCUGCCCUUCAGGAAAUAUUAAACCGUA